AUGGCGGCUUCCGUGGGCACAAACAAGGCAACGGAAUUGUCCAAAGCCGAGUAUCUCAAACGUUAUUUAUCUGGCGAAGACGGAAAAAAGUCGAAGGGUAACGCUAAAAAGAAGCGCCCCAAGCUACAGGGUAGAGGGCUUAAAAUAGUAGACGAUGACAUAGACUGGCGACAAAUUGCAAAAGAAGCUAAAGAGAAGGCGGAAGAAGAAGCUGAGGAGGAGGAAGAGCCCGUGAUUGCCGAAGUGAUUGAUGAGCGACCAGAAGAAAUUAAACAGCUUGAACUCUUUAGAUCCAGUAAUAGAUGGAAAAUCGUUGGAGUUGAUGAAAAUGAGGAUGAUGCAAAUGAACAAGAGACUGAAUGCCCUGAGCCUCCUGUAUCAGGUCGGACACGUCAUGACUCUCCAGAUAUUUCACCACCGAGACGUGUUCGCCACGACUCUCCUGAUGCUUCUCCACCAAGACGUGUGCGCCACGACUCAGCUGAUGCUUCUCCUCCAAGAAGAAGUCGCCAUGACUCACCAGAUAGGUCGUCUUCAAGACAACGUUCAGAAAAGUCUAGCAAAAAAGAUUCCUCGCCCAAUAGGAGGAAGGCCAUCUCAAGUCAAAAACAUUUGUCCAAACAUCAUCAAUCAUCAUCAGACAGGAGGAGGCAUGACUCUGACUCCGAUCAAUCACCGCCAAGAAAAAAGAGUUUAAAGAGAGAAGCUUCUGACUCCGACCAGUCUCCACCAAGACGCAGAACCACAGCAAGACAAGAUUCAGACUCUGAUCAGUCCCCACCUCGAAAGCGACCUCACGGUAGACAGAGCUCAGAUGAAGAUCUUUCACCUCCUCGUAGGCCUGGACAGUCACAUGCCCAGAGAAUGCUCUCUGGUGGACAGGCUGGUCUUGUUUCGGUGGAUGUCCUGAGGAUUGAGAAAGAAGAAAACAGACGCCGAGACAAAAACAACCAACCAUUAGAAGAUGAAUCUCGCAAUGCUCAGACCAUUUUUCGAGACAAGACUGGAAAACGGCGGGAUUUAGACACCGAGAGAGAAGAACAUAAAAAGAAAGCGGGAGAACAAGCAGCCAAGGAUGAAAAAUAUGCUCAAUGGGGAAGAGGGUUGGUUCAGGGUCAGAUGCAUCAACAGAGACUUGAGGAUGCCUUGCAUGAAUCACAAAAACCUCUUGCUCGGCGUCAUGAUGAUGAAGAUUUGGACAAAAUGUUAAGGGAACAAGAACGAGAAGGAGAUCCAAUGGCUGCAAUGCUCAGACGCAAGAAGGAACGAAAUUUGAAAUCACAGGGCAUUAAAGAAAAACCCCGAUACAAAGGCCCAGCACCACCACCUAAUCGUUUCAACCUUCUUCCUGGUUAUCGGUGGGAUGGAGUAGACAGGUCAAAUGGAUUCGAACAGAAACGCUAUGCGAGGAUGGCAGACAAGAAGGCUGUACAAGAGGAAGCUUACAAAUGGAGUGUAGAGGAUAUGUAA